UCCAUGGCUACGGCGACGGCAGAGCGGACGACGGUGUUCAUGAAGGUGGGAGAUCUCAGGCCCGGGACGUCGACCGGCCACACGCUUCUCGUUAAGGUGCUAAGCUCCAAGAUCAAGACCGAGACCAAGACCGUGGUGACCCGCUUUGGCCCAGCGGCGAGGCCCACGAGGAUCGCCGAGUGCCUCGUCGGCGAUGAGACGGGAUGCAUCCUCUUUACCGCCUGCAACGACCAGGUUGACAUGCUGAAGCCCGGCAACACCGUUAUUCUUUGGGAUGCAAAGCUUGGCAUGCCCAAGGGGAUAAUGAAGCUAGCUGUUGACAAACGGGGGCUUGUUGAAGUCACUGAACCGACAAGCUUCGAUGUGAAGGAGGACAACAAUUUCUCACUUGUGGAGUACGUGUAA